AUGACAGAGAAAAGAGAGACUGGUGGAGCCUGGAAAGAUGAUGAAUGUAUAGUCAUAGAUAUGAUUCAAGACUUAAGGUUGACGGACGGAGAGGGCAUUGAAUCUCCUAAGACACAGGAAACCUGCCUGGCAAACUACACGGGAGCAUGGGAGGGACGAGGGUCUACUGAUAGCCUUCUCUCUCCUUCCUACCCAGACUUUCCUUUGCCCCCUCCACCCCUUAUUGGGGAGGGCGACGACUCAGAGGGUGCCCUGGGAGGUGCCUUCCCACCUCCACCUCCCCCGAUGAUCGAGGAACCGUUCCCUCCUGCUCCUCUGGAGGAGGACAUCUUCCCCUCCCCUCCACCUCCAUUGGAGGAGGAGGGAGGGCCUGAGGCCCCUACCCAGCUCCCACCGCAGCCCAGGGAGAAAGUGAGCAGUAUUGACCUGGAGAUCGACUCUCUGUCCUCACUGCUGGAUGACAUGACCAAGAACGAUCCCUUCAAAGCCCGGGUGUCAUCUGGAUAUGUACCCCCACCAGUUGCCACUCCAUUUGUUCCCAAGCCUAGUACCAAGCCUGCCCCUGGGGGCACAGCACCCUUACCUCCUUGGAAGACCCCUUCUAGCUCCCAGCCACCUCAGCCGCAGGCCAAGCCUCAGGUCCAGCUCCAUGUCCAGCCUCAGGCCAAGCCCCAUGUCCAACCCCAGCCUGUGUCUUCCGCUAACACACAGCCCCGAGGUCCCCUUUCUCAGGCUCCAACUCCAGCACCUAAGUUUGCUCCGGUGGCUCCUAAAUUUACUCCUGUGGUAAAGUUCAGCCCCGGUGCUCCAAGUGGACCUGGGCCACAGCCCAAUCAAAAAAUGGGGCCUCUGGAGGCGCCUUCUUCUGUGGGCGCAGGUUCCCCUCAGCCCCCUAGCUUCACCUAUGCUCAGCAGAAGGAGAAGCCCCUAGUUCAAGAGAAGCAGCACCCACAGCCUCCACCAGCUCCAAACCAAAACCAGGUACGCUCUCCUGGAGGCCCAGGCCCCUUGACCCUGAAGGAGGUGGAAGAGUUGGAACAGCUGACCCAGCAGCUGAUGCAGGACAUGGAGCACCCUCAGAGGCAGAGCGUGGCAGUGAAUGAGUCCUGUGGCAAAUGCAAUCAGCCACUGGCCCGUGCACAGCCUGCAGUUCGUGCACUGGGACAACUGUUCCAUAUCACCUGCUUCACUUGCCAUCAGUGUCAGCAGCAGCUGCAGGGACAGCAGUUCUACAGCCUGGAGGGGGCACCCUAUUGUGAGGGCUGCUACACCGACACUUUGGAGAAGUGCAACACGUGUGGGCAGCCCAUCACUGACCGCAUGCUGAGGGCCACUGGCAAAGCCUACCACCCACAGUGCUUCACCUGUGUGGUCUGCGCCUGUCCCCUGGAGGGCACCUCCUUCAUUGUGGACCAGGCCAAUCAGCCCCACUGUGUCCCUGACUAUCACAAGCAAUAUGCUCCAAGGUGCUCCGUCUGCUCGGAGCCAAUCAUGCCUGAGCCUGGCCGAGAUGAGACUGUGCGAGUAGUGGCGCUGGAUAAGAACUUCCAUAUGAAGUGUUACAAGUGUGAGGACUGUGGGAAAGCCCUGUCCAUUGAGGCAGAUGACAACGGCUGCUUCCCUCUGGAUGGCCAUGUCCUCUGUCGGAAGUGCCACUCUGCUAGAGCGCAGACCUGAGUUGAGGAUGGACCUUCUUCCAGACCACAGGUCCAUCCCCCACUGUGGACCACCCACAGAGGCCAGUCCUUGCCUCCACCCUCCCUGCAUUCCAAUCCCCUCCCCUGUGUCUCAAAUGCCCUGACCCAGGGCCUCAGCAUGGCCUAGAAGUAUUGAGGCUCUGUCCUGGUGCUGAGGCCCAGCCCUGGGCUCCAACCCUUGCCUCUUCUGCAGGGAUCACCCAUCAUCCUGAGGUCCCCAACCCAAGGGUCACAUAUAGUGCUGCUGCUUUCACUGCUGCACCAACGCCCUUGGCUGGCCUGAGCAACCUAUGCAGUGUGCUUGCUGAGGGUAGAAGCCCUAACCCUCCAGGAGCUCAGCUCCAGCAGCCUGGACACCCGCCUUGCUCUGUGCUGCUAGGCUGCGGCCACAGCUAAGAUUAUAAAAACCUCAUUUUCCAGAA